AUGAAGCCCGUGCCGCUCUCCCGCCUGCUGCUGCUGCCGCUGGUGGCAGCGCUGGCACUGCUGGCGCUGCGGGAUCAGCACCAGCGCCCGCCCACCCAGCCCGACCCCCCGGCGACCCCCAGCCCGACCCCCCAUCCCCCGCCCCGCAACGACACGUCCCCCACGCGUCACCCGCUGCAGCCGCCGUACCCGCACCCCUACAAAUUCCUGCUCAACCACCCCGACAAGUGCCGGGCGCGGGCGCCCUUCCUGGUGCUGCUGGUGGUGUCGGCGCCGGCGGACGUGGCCGCACGGGACGCCGUGCGCCGCACGUGGGGCAACGAGAGCUCGGUGCCGGGGGCGCCGCUGCUGCGGCUCUUCCUGCUGGGCGCCCACCCCGUGUUCGACGCCGCGCUGCGCCCGGUGCUGCGCGAGGAGGACGAGCUGCACGGCGACCUCCUGCAGCAGGACUUCCUGGACACCUACAACAACCUGACGCUCAAGACGCUCAUGGGGCUGGAGUGGGUGAGCCGCUUCUGUCCCGACGCCAGCUACGUGAUGAAGGCCGACACCGACGUCUUCCUCAACCUGGAGUUCCUGGUGCGGCGGCUGCUGGUGCCGCCCCAACGGGACUUCGCCAUGGGCUACGUGUACCGCAACACGGGCCCGCUGCGCAGCCGCGCCUACAAGUGGUUCGUGCCGCGCGAGGUCUACCCCAACGACACCUACCCGCCCUACUGCGGCGGGCCCGGCUACGUGCUCUCGGGGGACGUGGCGCGGAGGGUGUUCGGCGCGGCGCAGACGGUGCCGCCCAUCAACAUGGAGGACGCGUUCGUGGGGCUGUGCCUGCGCGCGCUGGGGCUGCGCGUCCGCGACGGGCCCCCGGGAGCCUUCGCCAUGUACCGCCUGCCCUACGACAAGUGCCGCUUCCAGCGCCUCGUCAUGGUGCACCACUAUGCGCCGCAGGACCUGCUCCGGGUCUGGCCGCACUUCAGGGACGCCCCCGUGGAGUGUCCGUAGGGGCUGGGAAACGCUGGUGGCACUGGGAACUGCUGGAGUCACUGGGAACUGCUGGUGGCACUGAGAA